AUGCAGUAUAUAAAGACAGGUAUAUAAAGACGAGCUGAUUGUCCCUGAUACUCCUCAAUUACUCGAAAGUAUCGUUUACGGAAAGAAUACGGUUGUCGUUAUCCCGGAUACGGAUAAAGGAGUAUCUCGCGCGAAAUGGAAACCAUCGAUGUCACCGAGAAUAACGAUAUUGACAAGUUGCUCUCUUUCGACGAUGUGAAGGAGGUGGCGAAGCGCGCGCUGAGCAGCGACGCCGACCUAAUAGAAUACGCUAUUCGACCGUACUCCAAUGGCAAGCUCGGGUAUCUCGGCUCUCAUUAUCGGCUCGAUGUAAUAGCCAUGAGGAAAAAGGAAACGGUCGCUCUCUCGUUCUUUCUCAAGGCCGUGCCGUACGAAGUGCCCGAUCAAGCGGAAUACGUGAUAAAGAAGGGCGUCUUCUACAAGGAGACAAGAUUUUAUAGCGUCAUAAUGCCGCUGCUCCGCGAGGGAUACCGCGGGGAGCCGUGGGCGCCGAUAUGCUACAAAGCGAAGAGGGACUCGAUGGUCUUCGAGGAACUGAACGGCAAGGGCUACUCGAUACGCGACAAGCUGUUCGACAAAACGCUCGUGCGCGCGGGUCUAAGCGCUCUCGCGCGAAUGCACGCGGCCUCGCUGCUGGCGGAGACUCGUCUCGGCACGUCCCUCAAUCGGCUGUAUCCCGACGCUUUCGCGGAGAAAGGCUUCCUUCGCGCGGGACAGACGCGACAGUGGUUCGAAUCGGGCGUCGACGUGGCCGCGGUCAUAGCCGAGCGUCUGGGACGCGAUCCCGGCCUGAUACGAUCGGCCUGCGAGCAGGUGUAUCGCGCUAUGGAGCCGUCGCGCACGAAGACGAACGUGGUCAGCCACGGGGAUCUCUGGGGCAACAAUCUUCUCUUCGACGACGACGCGCCGCCCAAGUGCUUGCUGGUGGACUUCCAGCUGUUGAGAUACUCCCCCCUGGCCCAUGACGUGGCGCAGUUCUUGUACCUGUGCACGGACCGGAGCUUCCGCGAGACCUGGGAGAGCACGAUGUUGCGUCAUUAUCACGACGCGUUGCGCGAGACUCUGAACCUACACGAAAACCGGGCGCAGUUACCUCCCUGGUCAGAGCUGAUCGAGGGUAUGGAGGAGCAACGUCUGGCCGCCCUCGUCACCGCAAUAAUCUACUUUCCUACGGUUCUAAUGGACGAAGCUCUCAGCGCGCGGGUCAUGAACAAUCCGACGUCCUACGUCGAGUACUAUUUCACGAACAGGAAGGAAUUCGUCCUGGCGAACAUGGAGAAAAGCCCAGUCUACAAGAGAAGAAUCAGCGAGGCUGUCGUCGAGCUCGCCGAGCUCGCCUCGCGAAUCGAUCAAUUGCCAAAACCAACUUAAAAAGUCAGAUAUAUG